GGCAGCAGCGAUGGCUCGGCGGGGCCGUGCCGCGCCCGCGCCCCCUCAGCCUCCGCGCCCCUGCGCCCCGCAGCGUCCGCCCCGCUAGAGCUGCCGCUCGCCGCCGCUAUGGGCUCGCACCUGCCCCCGCAGCAGCAGUGCCCGGAGCCGCAGCUGGUGUUGCAGCUGGCAGCCGGGACUUUGCAGGUGCAGAACUUGGAGCUGUCGGGCGGCGGCCUGGGGCCCGAGUGGCAGGUGCUGCUCGGCCGGGCCGACGCGCUGGCCUACGGCGGGCGGCUGCACGAAGCGCUGCCGCUGUACCAGCUGGCGUCCCGCCACCAGCAGCUGCGAGCGGAGCAGCUGGAGAAGCUGGUGGAGUGCCUGGCGCAGAGCGUCCGGAUCAAAGAGGGGCUGCCCGCCGCCGCCGCCGGGAGCAACCCCGCGCAGCCCCGCGAGUGGGACGUCUUCGGGUGCCGCAAAUGCCAGGGCUUCCUCUUCGAGCCCGUUUCCUUGCCUUGCGGACACACGUUCUGCAAAAAGUGCCUGGAGAGGGACCGGGCGGCCGAGUCCCGCUGCGUCCUGUGCAAGGGGGAGGACAGCGCGGCAGCCGGGCAGCUCCUGCGGGUCAAUGUCAUCCUCAGCAACCUGCUGGCAAAGUGGUUCCCCUGCCAAGUGAAGGCUUCGCAGCUCAGGCACGAAGGGAACCUCUUGUACAAGGAGAAGAAACUACAAGCCGCUCUGCAGAAGUACAACGAAGCGGUCAGCCUAGCUCCAAAUGAUCACUUAUUAUACAGCAACCGGUCCCAGAUUAACUCUACUUUGAAAGCUUGUGAAGAUGCAUUGCAUGAUGCAGAAACAGCUUGCAGACUUCAGCCGUACUGGUUGAAAGGUCACCUGAGGAAAGGACAAGCAUUAGCUAAUCUGGGGAAAACAGAAGAAGCUUUAAGAGAGUUUCUAUUCUGCCUUGCUCUAGAUACUGGGAACAAGACAGCCAAGUCUGAAGCCCAAAAGCUUCUACUUAGUUUGUUUUCACUCAUCCCGGGAAAUGCUCAGGAACACUUACCUGAUAUCCUGCAGCUGUUGUCACAUCACUCUAGAUUAAAGGGGAAUCUCCUAAAUUCAGUGGGAUCUGGAGGCACCAGCCAUAACCUACAAAGGUUGCUCAAGGUAAACAUGGAACAGAAAAAGGGGUUUCCCAUUCAAGAGGAACCAAAUGUAACUACUUCUGGUAGUCUGAGGAAGUCUUUACAAAUUACAGAGAGCAAAAAGGACUGCUCAGAGGAGGAGAACAAACUUGCCUCCAUGCCAGAGUCUAGCUUUCUCAUUUCUGAGAAGUGCAGUCUCCUGAAAAGGAAAUGCUGCUCAGAGGAGAAGAGAAAUGCUGAGGUACCCUGCAAACUGAUGAAGAAAGAUACAGUUGAUAUGAAGGGAAAUAGCACUGGUCAAAAUACUCCAUUUGAAUUUGUGGAUCCAUCAGAUCUGGACUGCUCCCUGUGUAUGAGGCUCUUCUAUGAACCUGUCACUACACCUUGUGGACACACCUUCUGUCUCAAGUGUCUUGAGAGAUGCCUGGAUCACAACCCUAAAUGUCCCCUGUGCAAAGAAGGGCUCUCAGAGUGCUUGGCUAUGAGGAAAUACUGUAAAACAGUACUAAUGGAGGAGUUAAUAGCUAGAUAUCUUCCAGAGGAACUCACUGAAAGAAGAAAGAUUUAUGAAGAGGAAAUAGCAGAGCUUUCCAACCUAAAUAAGAAUGUUCCUAUAUUUGUCUGCACAAUGGCUUAUCCUACAGUCCCAUGCCCUCUGCACAUCUUUGAGCCGUGUUACCGCCUGAUGAUUCGAAGGUGCAUGGAGACUGGCACCAAACAAUUCGGAAUGUGCAUCAGUGAUCCUGUGAAGGGGUUUGCAGAUUAUGGCUGCAUUCUGGAGAUAAGAAACGUUGAAGUCUUUGCUGAUGGUCGCUCUGUUGUAGACAGCAUUGGCAAGAGGAGGUUUAAGGUGAUCCAGCACAGCCAGCGGGAUGGCUAUAAUACAGCAGAUAUUGAGUACAUUGAGGAUCAACAGGUGCAAGGACAAGAGUAUGCUGCAUUACUUGUUCUCCAUGACUCUGUCUACGAUCAGGCAUACAUAUGGUUUAACUCCCUCAAGCAAGCACUCAAGAGUCGAAUUCUCAGUCAUUUUGGCCCAAUGCCAGCCAAGGAUCCUGACCCACAGGCCAACCCAAACGGGCCAGCCUGGUGCUGGUGGGUCCUGGCUGUCCUUCCACUUGAGAACAGAGCUCAGCUCCCUUUCCUUGCCAUGAAAUCCCUCAAAGACCGCUUGAAUGGCAUCAAACGUGUCCUUACGUUCAUGUCUCGUACAAGAUCACGGUGAUGGUGAGGAGGAGAGCUGUGAAGUCUCCCACAGUACUUGACUGUAGACUGUCUCUUGUAACUUCAUCUAACUGCAAUAAUGUCUUACAGAUUUGAGUGUCAGGACGUUUCAAGCCUGAAUUUCAAAGAAAACGAGUUAUAAAGAGCAAGGGAUGUUUAUGAAGACUUCAGUAGUUUCCAUUUGGAACUCUGAGAUGAUUUUUCAAUCACUGCACUGCUAAACUCAUAAAAAUGUGAUGACAGAAAAAAGUGAUCUUGUUUGCCAUAAACCUUUUGAAAAGCUUAAGCGUUUUUAAUUGAUCUUUAUUUUUUUGAGUGGAUAAAGGAUAAAUUGCAGUUCAAUGUGAAGCAGAAAUAAUAAUGUCAAUGCAUUAUUUCAGUCAACUGCAAAGUCUUUUAUUCCAAAUGGUUCAGGUUUUAUAUAGCAUUGUGUAAAAUAAUGUUCACAACUUCCAUUUGAUAAUUUAUUUUUGCACUAUGAUUUUUGUUUCCAGAUGUCUAUUAUUUAUGUAUUCCUUCUCUAAAGGAAAGGGAGCCACUUUAUUUACAGUGUUUUUACCCUGUGUUUAUGACUGGGGGCAAAAAAGAGGAUCCUAGCAGUGCCCAAGCCACUGCCUUGAUAAUUUUCCAGAUAUUUGUGUUCAAAUACUUUGAAUGUUUUUCUACUUAUCCCCAGUUCUGCUGUAGCCUAAGAAGGAUUUUUUUUUUCCCCCUCCUGAAACAGCCUGCCAUGAAGUCUUUCAAUACACAGUUUGAGAAUUCAAGCACAGUUGUUGGGGCUUGAUCCUAUGCUUGCACCAAGGUUCCUGAUACCAUGAAAUGAUCAAAUACAUCUUUAACCUUACUGACGAGUGGUUAAGUGCUUGGAUAAAUGUAAAUAUCAAUCAGCUGAUGUCAGUGGGAAUUGGCCAUAGUGGUGACAGAAGAAUCUAUCCCCUAAUUUUUCACAGAACAGGAGAAGUUGGAGGUGAAUUUAUAUCUGAACUCAUUCUUACAAGAAGGGAUAAUGGCUACAAACAACUGCAAAGAGGGGGCCACAAUCUAUGAAUAGUGAUGUCUCCUGAAGAAAACUGGAAGAACUGGUAUCAUUUCAUUGUGGGUUACUACGUAGAUGUUGGGGUUUUUUACAUCAGCUCUUGUUGUUAAGCUAAUCAGUUUUAUUUCUUUAAUUGUUUGGUGGGGUUUGGCUUUGGAGUGUGUGUACAUGGUGGGGGAGUGGGGAAUUACUUGGAACUACAGGUCCCAGAGGGCAGUGUGUUACGUGAGAAGGAAUAAGCUAUAAUAAAUGCUAUUUAUUUCUCUCCAAUCUUCAGGUUUCUGUUAGCUUCAAAUCUCUACCCAGCCACUGCAUCUCUCUUAAGAGAUUGGGUAGUGUUGCUAAUACCAGUUAACUCACAGGGAAAAUGAGUGAAUUUUGGUGUGAUUACUUCUAGCUGUAGCACAGGUAAAAAAUAGGGCAGAAAUGAGAAUAGGGAGUAUCUUGUGGGUGGUUUGGGUUUUUUUUUAAUCGACAGUUCCUCCACUUGUUUGGCUGCUUUUAUUGCUUUCAGUAUACCACUUCUUGGGACUGACCUUGCCUCCUUCUGACUUGGACUUUCACUGAUUUCACUGUGAGCAGAACUGGGUCUUUUAUUCUGAGCUACUGUUUUGCUUUCCAGUGGCAAAAACCAGAUUGAAUCAGAAAUGUUAGGGAAUGCUAUCACUUUGUUACUUUUACCCAGGAUAGUGCACUCUCAUUCCAUGCCUUUAUGAAAUAACGCACUAGAACUUUAAUGUCGGUUUUCUGUACGUUUUUUCAUCAUCAUCUCAUCAGAAAUACUUAACAGUAUGGAAAUUACUUUUAACUACUAAGUUUCUACAAAACGGCCUUUGUCUCCUCCCUAUAUUGAGUUUAAUAGGAACUUUUCCAUAGGGCUACCAAAGAAGCAAAUGGAAGACAAAUGUGUUUCAGCCUUGUAAUGCAAAUGGAAUAUUUGUCCUGUGUUUGCAUUGAGCUACUCUAGAAAUGCUACAGCUAAUUUCCAUACUGCUAGAUGGCUGCACUUCUUUCAUAGGUGGUACCUUACAUGCCUCUGUAAACAAUGCAAAUACAUGUUCUGAACAUUAAGUGUAUGGUGGCUGACACCCGCUGUGGCAUUUGUUGUCGUAAGUCAGUAACAAAGUGAUUUCUACUUGUUUGGAAGUGAAGCUGCAUUAAAUGCAGCUCUUCCUUAAACCACUGUGUAUUAUUGCAUAGCAUAAGGGGCCUGUAUUGCUCCCAUAGAAAAAAGCUGUCACUUUGUUACUCUUACCUGUGAGAAAAGGACCUUAAAUAUACCUUCGAAAUUGCUUUUCCCACCGAUACCAUCAGGGGUUUAUUUCCUGCAUGCUUAUGUCUUCUACUACAUACUCAUGUUCUGCCUUUUUUUUGAUUUAGAAAUUGGCAUGGAAAGAAUCCUUGAUUUUUAAAAGUGAAUAUUGUCUUUUCUGUUAGCCUUGAGUAAAGCUGCCAGAAUUUCCUAAGGAGAAGCUUGUGUACAUGCUCAAAAUCAUGAAUGCCCAGUGCAUUUACUGCAACCUGGAAACACUGGACCUACUGCAUGUAAGGCAUACUGCUGAUCUGCCUAUGCAUAACAAAUCAAGUACAUCAAGAAAGUUUAUCUGUACUUGUACCUACAUCCUAGAUGAAUGGCUAAAGUAUGCAAAUUCCAUGAGAAGAAAGCAAAUAUUGAGAAGCAGUUUCGCUAGAGAACAGAGACCUGUCCAGGAAAAGCUGGCCAAGGAGUAGCAUUCAGCCCUCAGCUAGUUCACAUGGCAAAGUUUCAAUAAUGAAUUUAAAACCCAACAAAUCAAGUUAUGCCACAGUGUUGCUGUUUUUUUUUUUCCCUCUCAGUUGUUAUCAAUCAGCACCAAGAUGUAAAUGCAACAUUUAUUACAGGCAUACAGCUGAACACAUUUGAAAAUACGUUCACUCUAAUUCUAGAGAAAGUAUUGAUGAGAUAAUGUACUAAUUGGGGAGGAUGUUUUUGAAGUGUCUCACGUUUUUCUAGACAUCAAACCCAGUCCCAUACCCAAUCUUGCUCAUCUGUUAAAAAAAUAAUGACUCAAACUUGCAUUUCCUGUGUGGCAAGAAGUAUUGAUUAAUCUUUGUUGUGAGGGCGUGAGCAAUGCAUAGACUUCUGACUAGUUCUUCAAAGUCAUCAGUUUGCAGAGAGCCUGGAUUACCUUUUAAAAUAAAAAAAAAAUCAAUAGAACUUUUUUUUCUCUUUGAGGAAAUGUGAUCAGACCCCACUUCAAAAAAGCUGGGGGAGAGGAAUACAAAAAGCAAGCCUUCUGUAAGAGAGGAAUCAAGAAUUUAUGCAAGUGCCAGUCUCCUGGGCGAUAUCACCUAAACAUCUUCCAGAGCCUUGAAGAUUUUGGGCUUGCAUUUGUUAAGAUCCAGUUUUGUUAAUUUGCAUUCUUCUUACUUUUCUGUAAAUUCCUUUUAAAAAUACAUUCAAAUAAAUAACAGACUGGCUGGAUCACCUUUCCAAGUCCCUUUACACAUGUUACAUGGCUUCUAAUUAACAACAGAUGUUUUCUGCUGGAUGCAGUACUAAUUUUUCAUUCCCAUAUAUAGACAGCCUUAUACCAGUUUGUUUUGCUUUGUCCUGUAUGCUUCUUCAUCUAGCAAUAACUUAAAGGGGUAUGUUUCCAUGAAGUAACUUAUCUUGGCCAGUGUGACUUGGUUGAAAGUAAACGUGAGGCAGGACUGGAUUAAUGAGGAGAAAUCAUGAUACCUGACAGUGAACUUAGCCAUAGUUGCAGAAAGCAGUUCAGUAGUUUCAAUAAUGAAAUGACAAAAUUAUGUGAUAGGCCACUAUCUUGCUAAGUCUUAAGUGACAUUCUGGUGUUAGUGGUAAAGGCUCCUCUUACGUUAUUUUUGUAUUUAUUUCUUUUUAAGUGCUGAUAUAAUCUUCCAUUCCCUUGUAGCAAUAAGAGGUACCAGCUGUCAUACUGAAUGGCUGUCCUGUAUGACUACCUACUACCAGAACACCUGAACUGUGGAUUUCUUAACCCCAAAGAUUAAAAUAAUCUGAAAAACAAAAUCAUAUGGAUUGGAUGUAGCAGGUCUGGCUUAAUCUUUGAAGUAGAGAAAGAUUUAGAAAAUGUGUGCGUCACUUUAGAUGGUCUUUUCAUAGAAUCAUAGAACAGCAGGUUGGAAGGGACCUCAAAGAUCAUCUGGUCCAACCCUUCUUGGCAAAAGCACGGUCUAGAAAAGACAGCCCAGCACCCUGUCCAGCCAAACCUUACAAGUGUUCCGUGCUGGGUAAUGCUGCACUUCCCUGGGGAGGUGAUUCCAAUGGUGAUUCCAAUGGUGAUGGUUCUCAUGGUGAAAAAUUUUCCUCUUAAUAUUUUUUUACUCGGUGCUGAAGUUUUACUGCUGUUUCAAUGAAUGACAGACAGGAUUUAUAUUUAAAUGCAGUGUUUAGGAAUGGAAAACAUGUUCACAAACUCUUAUUUUGUAAACAGAAGUAAGUUAACGACCAGAUUUUGUGCAUAAAACCCCAAUGGAACUGUGCGUUUAGGACAGUGCUCCCAUAGCCCUGAGCCCUAGAGCCAAUGAACUCAAUCUCUGCUUAGUUCUCAUUUAACUGGUGGGCUUUUGUAACUGAACUUGUAAGUGGUGCAGCACAUAGCUUAGGGCCUGAGGUUAUUCCAGAGCCCAGUAAAUCACUGGAAGUCUUAGAGCUACAGAAAAAUGGUGGUUUCAGCAAAGUCAAUAUUUGGAAACACUUUGCUAAAUAAAUAUUGUGUUUUUACAAGAAACUAAUCUGCUUAGACAGGGUUACAGAGGUGGAUAAUAAAAACCUGAACUAUUACAUUGACUUACUCAUCCAGGUAUCAUGUGAAGUGCUUACUAAUGGUGGCAUUUCAUAAGGUCUAAAGUAACCCUCACAUAGAAGUGCCUGUAUUCUGUUAUUGCCAUUCUGAGCUUUUUAAUAGAGUCAUAGCCAUAUAUUUUAUAAAUAUAAACAUAUGCACCUUUAAAUACUUACAUUCAGUUUGCAGAACAAAGGUUUACAGAGCAGAAGUGUAGCAAAAACAAUGUAAUAGCUUCUAUAAUUCUGUGGUGAGGAACGGGAAAAGUACAAAAAUGAGGAGCAAAAGACUGUCUCUGAAAGGUGUCUUAAUUUAGCACCAUAUACUUGUCCAACUUAAUUCCAUCGAGCUAUGUGGUUACAAGAGUGCCAGAAAUAUAUCUAUCAAGCCAUUUAAAAUAAGUUUUGUGGACUUGUAUAUUCCAUUUGUUUGUAAAACAUCCGUUUGUGCACUGUAAUGAACUUGAAAUGAAACUGAAGUUAUACUCUCAUAUCACUGAGCAGGGUUCUGUUCAGCUACCUCUACGUAAAGUUGAAGCAACUUGUUUUUUUUUUUUUCCCAGAUUUGUUCACAUUGUCACAUAAAAUAUAUUUUAAAAGAAUCAUAGUCCAAAGAACCUGUAUGUGUUUGUAGAUGUACUUAUAACUAUGUUGUACCAACAAAGUCUGUGUGGAGAGUUGUUUGCUAAUUAAAAUUUUUGUGUUCUUUA